AUGCAGGUUCCUCUCUUCCGUCUUCAGUGUGGAGUCAACAGCUACGGCUGGGGCAAGGUUGGCUCCGAGUCUGCUGCGGCCAGAUAUGCGGCCGCAACGCCCGUAGAUGGCUUCUGCGUCGAGCCUGACAAGCCGUAUGCAGAGCUGUGGAUGGGAACACACCCGUCUCUGCCGUCAAAAGAUGUCGAGACCCAGAGGUCGUUGCUUGACCUGGUGCAGACGAACAAGGCCCUCAUGUCGACCGAGAUCGUCUCUCGAUACGGUGGAAAGCUCCCGUUCCUCUUCAAGAUCCUCUCCAUCGGCAAGGCCCUCAGCAUCCAGGCCCAUCCGAACAAGAAGCUGGCCGAGGCUCUCCAUGCCAGGGACUCGAAGAACUACCCAGAUGACAACCAUAAGCCGGAGAUGACCAUUGCAGUCACCCCGUUUGAGGGUCUCUGCGGCUUCCGCCCACUCGCUGAGAUCGUGCACUUCCUCCGCGCCGUCGAACCGCUGCGUGAGCUGGUCGGCACCGGGGCCGCCGAGGCCUUUGAGAAGACCGUUAGCGGCCAGGAGAAGUCCCAGGACGAGGACACCCUGCAGAAGAACAAGACCGCACUCAGAGAGGUGUUUACCAAGCUGAUGCAGUCGCCGCAGGAAGCCAUCACCAGUGCUACCGCGAAACUCGUCAGCGCCGCAGAGAGCUCGCCAGAGACGUUUGCAACCUCCGCUGCCUCUCCAGACACCGACCCGGCCAACCCGUCCGAGCUCGCCGAGCUCGUCGUCCGGUUAAACGGACAGUUCCCCAACGACAUCGGCCUCUUUGUCCUCUUCUUCCUCAAUUUCAUCAAGUUGAGCCCCGGAGAGGCCAUGUUCCUCAAGGCAGACGACAUCCACGCCUACAUCAGCGGGGACAUCGUCGAGUGCAUGGCCUCGUCCGACAACGUUGUCCGGGCCGGCUUUACUCCCAAGUUCAAAGACGUGUCCACGCUCACCAGCAUGCUCACCUACUCCUAUGCGCCCAUCGAGGAGCAGAAGAUGACCCCUACCGAGUAUCCGUACAUGAAGAUGAACACGACAGCCUACUCCAGCGGCUCCGCGGCCUGUCUGUACGACCCGCCAAUCGAGGAGUUCAGCGUCGUCAAGACGGACCUAAAGUCUGCCGGCGCGAAGGCCACCUUUGAGCCCAUCAACGGACCGAGCAUCGUCAUCUGCACGGCCGGCGAGGGCAGGAUCAGCGUCGGCCCAGCAAAGAGCUUCGACAUGAAGGAAGGCUACGUCUUCUUCGUCGGCGCCGCGGCCGAGUGUGUUAUCGAGAGCACCGUCGACGGCAAAGACCUGACCACCUUCAAGGCCUUUUGCGAGCUCGCCGAUGCGCCAGUCAAUGGCAACCUCUAG